UCUAAUCAAAUUGAACUUGUAAAGGCCCUCCCACCCAAGUCACCAAUACCCGACCCGUUUCGCUAAGUUCACCUCAAUUCACAACCCCGCACCAAAAACCCCGUUGUCGCCGCUGAGCCACCGCCAGUUUGGCCGUUCAAUUUUUUAAGUGAUUGGAAUUUGGAUUAUACAAUCAUGUCGUGGUGCACUAUUGAGUCAGAUCCUGGUGUUUUCACUGAACUUAUACAGCAGAUGCAAGUUAAAGGCGUUCAGGUCGAGGAGUUGUAUUCGCUGGAUCUUGAUUCCCUAGAUAAUCUAAGGCCAAUAUAUGGGCUGAUAUUCCUCUUUAAAUGGCGUCCUGGUGAAAAAGAUGACCGCCUUGUAAUAAAGGAUCCAAACCCAAACUUGUUUUUCGCCAGCCAGGUAAUAAAUAAUGCGUGUGCAACCCAAGCAAUCCUGUCGAUCCUGAUGAACAGUCCCGAUAUUGAUAUUGGGCCAGAGUUGUCAGCCCUUAAAGAAUUCACAAAAAAUUUUCCACCCGAACUUAAAGGUUUGGCUAUCAAUAACAGCGAAGCAAUUCGUACAGCUCAUAAUAGUUUUGCAAGACCUGAGCCCUUUGUACCUGAAGAGGAGAAAGUCGCUGGAAAAGAAGAUGAUGUCUAUCACUUCAUAAGCUAUAUACCAGUUGAUGGCGUACUUUACGAGCUCGAUGGACUGAAGGAGGGACCUAUAAGCCUUGGGCAAUGCCCUGGUGGUCAAAAUGAUAUCGAAUGGCUGCGUAUGGUACAACCAGUGAUUCAUGAGCGCAUAGAGAGAUACUCCCAGAAUGAAAUAAGGUUCAAUCUGAUGGCGAUAAUAAAGAACAGGAAAGAGAUUUACACAGCUGAGCUCAAGGAACUCCAGAGGAGGAGGGAGCGUAUCCUCCAGCAGCUUGCUGCCUUGCAAUCAGAGAGAAUGGUGGACGGGGGCAAUGUGGAAGUGCUGAAUAUCACACUUUCAGAAAUAAAUGCUGGGAUUGAAGCUGCCACAGAGAAGAUACUGAUGGAGGAGGAGAAGUUUAAAAAAUGGAGAACAGAAAAUAUACGCCGUAAGCACAAUUACAUACCCUUUUUGUUCAACUUUUUGAAGAUUCUUGCAGAAAAGAAGCAGUUGAGACCUCUGAUAGAAAAGGCCAAACAGAAAGCAACCAAAUCUUAAGAGGGACCUAUAUACUGCUCAAGUCAAAUGCUGAUGUUAAAUUUAUCUUACUAUAACAGUGCAUGAUUGUGUUUCUUAACAUAGAUAUUUCUGUAUCUGUUUAUGUGUCGAAAAGAUUAUUGUUGUUUUUUAAUUGCAUUUGCUUAUGGUCCUCUUCAAGAGGAGACCGAAGUGGGGAUCCCUUAUCAUAUCAGUUAUAGUAUAGGAUAACUUAAUA